AUGGCCAAAAAGGAACAUAAGAAGUUGUUAGAUGCCUCGGGUGCUGCUCCUAAAGAGGAGGACGCUACCGCCACUGCAAUUUUAAGAAGGAAGAAGAAAGAUAACUACUUGCUAGUAGACGAUGCUACCAACGAUGAUAAUUCGGUAAUUGCAAUUAACUCUCAGACUAUGGAUUUGUUGCAAUUAUUUCGGGGAGAUACAGUUUUGGUGAAGGGUAAGAUGAGGAAAGAUACCGUGUUAAUUGUGUUGAUUGACGACGAAUUGGCAGAUGGAGUUUGUAGAGUUAACCGUGUUGUGCGUAAUAACUUACGUGUAAGACUUGGUGACUUGGUUUCAAUCCAUCCAUGCCCAGAUAUCAAGUAUGCGGAAAGAAUCUCGGUGUUACCGAUCGCGGACACUAUUGAAGGGUUAACUGGUAAUCUAUUUGAUGUUUAUUUGAAACCAUACUUUGUAGAAGCCUAUAGGCCGGUUAGAAAGGGUGAUCAUUUUAUUGUUAGGGGUAGUAUGAGACAAGUUGAGUUUAAGGUCGUUGACGUUGAACCAGAAGACUACGCUGUGGUUGCGCAGGAUACCAUUAUUCAUUCAGAAGGCGAAGCAAUUAAUAGGGAAGAUGAGGAAAACAACAUAAAUGAGGUCGGUUACGAUGAUAUUGGUGGUUGUCGUAAGCAAAUGGCACAAAUUAGAGAAAUGGUCGAGUUGCCGUUAAGACAUCCUCAGUUGUUCAAAGCUAUUGGUAUAAAACCUCCUAAAGGUGUUUUAAUGUAUGGGCCACCGGGUACUGGUAAGACAUUGAUGGCUAGAGCGGUUGCUAACGAAACUGGUGCAUUCUUUUUCCUAAUUAACGGUCCAGAAGUCAUGUCUAAAAUGGCCGGUGAGUCGGAAUCUAACUUAAGAAAGGCUUUCGAAGAAGCCGAGAAGAACGCCCCCGCAAUUAUUUUUAUUGAUGAGAUUGAUUCUAUUGCCCCUAAGCGUGAUAAAACUAAUGGUGAAGUCGAGAGAAGAGUCGUCUCUCAAUUAUUAACACUGAUGGAUGGUAUGAAAUCCAGAUCUAAUGUGGUAGUUAUCGCUGCUACCAACAGGCCAAACUCGAUAGAUCCUGCUUUAAGAAGAUUUGGAAGAUUCGAUCGUGAAGUUGAUAUUGGCAUUCCAGAUGCUACUGGUAGAUUAGAAAUCUUGCAUAUUCACACUAAGAACAUGAGAUUAGCUGAUGAUGUUAACUUGGAGACCUUAGCAGCUGAAACACAUGGUUAUGUCGGAGCAGAUAUCGCUUCCUUAUGUUCUGAAGCUGCUAUGCAGCAAAUUAGAGAAAAGAUGAGCUUGAUUGACCUAGAUGAAGAUGAGAUCGACGCCGAAGUGCUUGAUUCUCUAGGAGUUACCAUGGAUAACUUCAGAUUUGCCUUGGGCAACUCUAACCCAUCUGCUCUACGUGAGACCGUUGUUGAAUCAGUUAAUGUCACCUGGGAUGAUGUUGGUGGUCUAGAUGACAUCAAGAAGGAACUAAAGGAAACAGUUGAAUACCCAGUAUUGCACCCAGAUCAAUACAUUAAAUUCGGUCUUUCACCUUCAAAGGGUGUGUUAUUCUAUGGUCCUCCUGGUACAGGUAAGACAUUAUUGGCUAAAGCUGUAGCAACUGAAGUGUCAGCUAACUUCAUCUCUGUUAAGGGUCCUGAAUUGUUGAGUAUGUGGUACGGUGAAUCUGAGUCCAAUAUCCGUGACAUAUUUGAUAAAGCCAGAGCGGCAGCACCAACUGUCGUUUUCUUGGAUGAGUUAGAUUCCAUUGCAAAGGCUAGAGGUGGUUCCAUGGGUGAUGCCGGUGGUGCUUCGGAUAGGGUUGUGAACCAGUUGUUAACCGAAAUGGAUGGUAUGAAUGCUAAAAAGAACGUAUUUGUUAUCGGUGCAACUAACAGGCCGGACCAAAUUGACCCGGCUAUUUUGAGACCAGGUAGGUUGGACCAAUUGAUUUAUGUCCCACUUCCUGAUGAAGCUGGUAGAAUGUCUAUUUUAAAGGCACAGUUGAGGAAGACACCGUUAGAGCCUGGCUUAGACUUGUCGGCAAUUGCAAAGGCUUCCCAAGGUUUCUCUGGUGCUGACUUGUCCUAUAUAGUUCAAAGAGCUGCCAAGUUUGCAAUUAGAGACUCUAUUGAAGCUCAGAAGCGUGCCCAAGAAGAGAAAGCAGCAAAGGUUAAAACCGAAGAUGUAGAGAUGUCGGACGCAAACGCCCCUACAUCUGAGGACGAAGAGAUAGAUGCUGUUCCAUAUAUUACAAGAGAGCACUUUGCAGAUGCAAUGAAGACUGCUAAGCGUUCAGUUUCAGAUGCCGAGCUACGUCGUUAUGAAGCAUAUGCCCAGCAGAUGAAAGCCUCCAGAGGUCAAUUUGGCAACUUCUCAUUUGGAGAUGCGGCCGGUCCCGGUACAACUUCUGGAGCCACUAAUGGCGGUACUGAGGGUGCCGCAGGCGCUGCAUUCAACAACGAUGCUGACGAAGAUGAUGAUUUGUACAGUUAA